CAGCGUAAGGGUAAGCUUAGUCCUGACAACCAUCUUUUCUUUCCCCGCAUACCUUCUCCAGUAAUUACACGCUUGAACUUCUUUGCAGAGCUAGACAGCGACACCUUUCCACACCGAUAGACGGACUGAGACAAGGGGAGACAAUGAACGCUAUGUCCGUGAAACGCAAAGGGGGUUCGUUGUCUUUCCCAAAGAGUGCUUCGACACGCCAAGAUACCAACACACUGAAGAGCAAGCAGCUGGCACUGAAACGCAGAUUCUCGAAGUUGAGAAAGCGGUUCCCUGACCUGGAGCCCCGGCUGUUGGAGAACCUGCUGUGCUACGCCCUGACUCUGGUUGUGCCUGGGACGGAGGAGCUGCUGGACACGAAAAUUUUCAUGGCCGAGAUGAACUUAAGCUUCGGCUUCACCAACUCCGACUUUAUACUACGGAUCUAUAACAUGACCCGCGGAAAGCACGAGUAUGUCACGGUUGACGAUUACAUGCUUUUGCUCACCAUCUUCUAUUCUAACGACCUUAACCGCAAGGCGGAGUACACCUUUGACGUGUAUGACGUAGACAGCGACAACAUCAUCAGCACUGCGGAGUUUGCCCGAUAUCUCAGGGGUGGCAUGCCGAUUUCAGACCCAGACGAUAGAGAAGCAAACGAAGAGACACUGCGAGAGGUAAUGGACAUCCUGACGAACGUCAUGGGCAUCAAUGACAAAGGCUACAUUCACAAGGACCACUACAUGAAGGUGGUGAGAGACAAGCCAGAGAUCCUGGAAUUUUUGGGUCAGACGCUGCCCUCAGUAUAUGUCCAGAGACAUUUCACGGAGACAUACAUCAGCCCACAACGGUUCAGCCCAGACCAGGUGUCUCGCUACCUCCGAUCACGGCGCCACUACAUUCUACAAGAGCCGAAGGAACAGAAACCUAAGCAGCUGCUGGGCCUCUACCCUAUUGAGAUCAUCUACCCUAGGAUCGAAUAGUCAGCCUUGACAAAAUUAUAAUUAUUUAAGCUAUUUCCCAUUAGUCAAAUGGUCAUCCUCUACCCCACUGGAAUUAACUAACCCUUUAUCAAAGAGUUGAAUGUUUGCUCUCUUCCCCAAAUGGAUUGUAUAAUUGAAUAGAGGAAUAUUUAACCACACAGAGAUUAUUAUCCUCUUGUCAAAUAGUCGAAGGUCAUAUUCUGCCCUAUUGCGAAUAUUUAUUGAGCAGUCGAAUAGUUGGCCUCUUUCCCAUUUGAAUAUCUGGUCCUUCGUCGAAUCGUCGAAUAAUAAGACUCUACGUCACCGAGAUUUCAAUCCCAUUUCGAAUAAUUACUCUCUACCUCACAGAGACUACACCGAAUAGUCGCACGAGACAAGGAAUCAAAGUGCUAGACCCCAAACGCUCAUAGCGCGUCCCAUUGACCUCUGAACUCGGACUACGGUGUAAAAGUUAAUAUUUAAUAACUGUUAGAAUGCUAGAGCUUGGGCAAUCCUUUAUAUUUCUACGUUCCAAACCUGGAAAACAGAUGGAUGAAAUCACAUAUUAAAAAACAUAAGUUUUUGAGCUGAUAACGAAAGUUUCAACUUGAAUUCGAGACCCAACGCUUUGUCUAGGAAAAUACAGGCUCGUGAACGCCUACCGUGCUGUAUUCUGCGACUGAGUUACUAAGUCUGUGAAGUUGUU